GGCGGGGGGCGGGGGGGGGUGGUUAGUUGAUGACCAGCCUGCCUACCUUCGCCACAGUAGUAGAGGCCACUAUCAGGCAAGUUCUUUUGCUGGCGGGUGCAAACUCAAGAGCGUUCAGACGUUUCCACGAUUACCUGGGGCAAGAAAGUAACUUGCGUGUCUGCAAAUUGUUUCUUGGAUGGCAGAGGCCAAACAAUUGCAAGGGAAGCCGGGCCAAGAGUCUUGCGACCAGUUAAAGGCUGCCUGCCGAAGAGGAACUCGGCGGGGAUGAAGCUUAGCUCGGUCUCUUGUGUUGGGGAAGAAAGACGCCCGACGGGCUUUCGGGUCUGGCUGCGCUCUGCUGGCCGCCUUGGCGCUUGAAGAGCUGCUCUUUUCCGCUUUCGCGUUGGCGAGGAGGACGCUGAGAGGGGCGCGUCGGCUUCUCCUGCGCCCUCCGCAUUUGCCGCAGCCAUUUCGAAGUGUUCUGGCUCGUCUUUAAAUGUUUGUAAACAAUGAGUGGCAGGAAGGACCUGUGCCUCUGUGUGGAGUGGAUCAAAGAUCGACUUUAUUUUGCCGUUAUCUGCCAGAAACCAAAGAACGGUAGUACAAGUACGCACUAUUUCUGCACUGAUGAUGAAUUUGCAUAUGAGAACUUCUAUGCAGAUUUUGGACCACUCAAUCUGGCAAUGCUUUAUAGAUACUGUUGCAAGCUAAAUAAAAAAUUAAAGUCCUUUACCGUGAUAAGGAAGAAGAUUGUUCAUUAUACUGGUUUUGAUCAGAAAAAGCAAGCCAAUGCAGCCUUCCUGAUAGGUUCUUAUACAAUAAUCUAUCUGGGAGAAUCUCCAGAAACUGCGUACAGGCUUUUAUUGUCUGGGAACACAGCAUAUCUUCCAUUCAGGGAUGCUGCAUUUGGUACCUGCAGUUUUCAUCUAACACUGCUUGACUGCUUUCAUGCAAUAAACAAGGCUUUACAGUUUGGGUUCCUUGAUUUCAGUACAUUUGAUGUAGAAGAAUAUGAACAUUAUGAAAAGGCAGAAAAUGGAGAUUUCAACUGGAUAAUACCAAAAAAAAUUCUUGCCUUCAGCGGACCUCAUUCAAGAAGUAGAACUGAAAAUGGUUACCCACAUCAUGCUCCCGAGGCCUAUUUUCCCUACUUCAGAAGGCAUAAUGUUACCACUAUAGUUCGCCUGAACAAGAGGAUGUAUGAUGCUAAAAGAUUCAGGGAAGCAGGUUUUGAACAUUACGAUCUCUUCUUUGCAGAUGGAAGUAUACCUACUGAUACUAUUGUCCAAACGUUCCUAAAUAUUUGUGAAAAUGCUGAAGGUGCUGUAGCAGUUCAUUGCAAAGCUGGACUUGGUAGAACUGGCACCCUUAUAGGAUGUUAUAUUAUGAAACAUUUUAGGAUGACUGCUGCUGAAAGCAUUGCCUGGAUUAGAAUAUGCCGACCUGGCUCUGUGAUUGGCUCACAGCAGCAUUUCCUUUUAGAGAAACAAUCAGAACUUUGGAUGGAAGGUGAUUCUUUCCGUUCAAAGUUAAGGAAGAACUCAAAACUUGCAGUUACAAAAAUCCUGUCAGGAGUAGAUGACAUUUCAAUUAAUGAUUCCAUGAAUGAGAGGACAAACAGGAAAGACACUGAACUGUACAGUGAUGAAGAUGAAACAAACACAUUUACACAAGGGGAUAAGCUUCGAGCCGUGAAAAGUAAAAGGCAGGCAAAAGCAAACUCAAUUCCACUAUCAGUAAUUCUUCAAUCCAGUGUUCAGAAAAAUAAACACUCUGAACCUAGCAUUUCUGGCAAUGCAGGCUUUUCUAAAAGAACUACCAGGUCUACUGCAAGAAAAAACAGUUUUAAAAGUAUGAUGCCUCAGAGGGAAAGAAGGAAAAGGGAUGCUUUACAACAAAUGCGCUUAUGUGUUCCUUUCCCAAGAACCAGAACAGUGUUGCGUUAAGCAAUUCGAAUGGAAGAGGAAGCAGAGGGAGGGAAAGGGUGAAUAUUGCUGUCAAUUAAAAAUCAAAGGAAGACUUUUUAAACAACAAUAACAAAAAGAAAACAGUGGUCUAUUUUAACAAUCAGAUGGAAAUGUCUAAGCUUUUUGAAGAAGACUUAUGGAAAGAACUCUGAUUACUCCAAAACUCUGUUUAUGUCAGAAGAAUUCUCAAGUGUAAAGAUAAAGAAUGGCUUGUAAAUUUUAACCUUUGAUCUAAAGACCCCUCUCAGCAAGGGAGUUUACCUUUCUGUAUGAUGCAUGUGUACAAAAUGUGAAGGCAAUCACUUAGCUUCUGUCUACCACAAGGGAAUUGGGGUGAGUAUCAGAACUGUUGAAUAGCUUUCUCUUGUCACUGCACUAUAAUUCUUCUGCACCUACAUAGAAAGGACAUUUGAGUUAACAUGCCAUCUUUGCUCAUUGUUCAAGAGAUUUUUUGCCAAGUAGGAGGAUCCUAUUUUUAGGAUCUUUUUCAAGCUGUAGUUAAUGUCAACUGUCCACAAAGAGUGCUUUAUUUUCAUCACUUUUCCAGCUUUUCCAAGGUCCAAUACUGUCUGAAGUUUUGCGUAGCACAAAAUCAAUAAGAAUUAAGCAUGAAUUCUGCAUUUUAAAGCCACUGGUGAACUGCCAUCUUAUUCAGGUAUUAGAGAUACAGUUGUAGGUAGGAAAAUCAUUGUAAAGGAAUUAGCAAUAGGAAGUGAGAUACAGCAUAGAUAGAUAUAAAUUUCCUGACACACAAAGAGGGAUAAAAGGGACUUGUAGCAUCUAUCGUCAUAAGACUGGGAGAAAAAAUAAGAUAGGCAUUGUAAUUUUUAUUCUAACAAUGGCUCUCAAUAUUAGUCUGGAAGAGAUGGAUGCAAUAGUGCUUUAAUCUCCAUUCUUGCUGAUGCUGCUGUACAGCCUAUAAAAUGAACUGGGAACCAACCCCAUUACCUCAAGGAGGCAAAAAGAAGCAUGGUGUUCUUUCUAGCAGGGUACAGUAGAACUGUAAUCUUCUUGACCUCAAAGAGAUGGAUUAUGCAGUUCUCCGGAGCUGUACGACUUCUACCCUAGAAGAGCAACAGAAAAAUUAUUUGCAACAGCUAGAAGGCAAUAUAAGCUCUUACUUGGUUGCUGUUGUCUGAGUAGUUAAUCAGCUAGUUGUAUUUCUGAAUUUUAUCCUAUAACUAUCUAAAUCUUAUAGGAUCAAUGGAAAAAAAAACCUCAACAUACUGAUAUCCCCCGGGCAAUUUGAGCAAGUUGCUUAUUUUAGCAUGGGGGGAAAAGUUGAAAUUUUAGCAUCGCACAGCAGUUCUAAGAGCUGGACUGUCUUUUCAGAAAUAUUGUACUAUGUAUAAAAACAAAAAAUGCCAGCCUGCUCAUAUGUGAUCUAGAAAAGACCCCUUAUUUCUAAUGAGCUAUUUGUUCACAAGCAGGGGCCCAUCAACUUUGUUGCCUUAUCUGCAUUCAGUACUGUCCAACAUUAUUAUUCUUGGUUUGAACAUACAUUCUAUUUCCUGUGUCCUUCAGAUAGUUUUUGUUUAGGAAGUUGAAUAUAGUAAUGUACACAUUGGACAGAGAGCCAAUCUGUAUAUAUGGAGUAUAAAUAGAAAGUAAAAUUAGAACAUGUAGAUUAAUUUCAUCUGAACUGCUGGAGGGUAAUUAGCAGAUUCUCUCACAGAAAUGACUUUCCUUAUAAGGUAAGUGAUAGGAAAUGAGUUUGCUAGGCUUCUCUUGCAAUCCUUUCCACAGUGUCUAGAGCAUUUCUGCAUGUUGCCGAAGAUUUUGGGACAUGUCCCAAGGUGCACUUUCUAUUCAAAACAUGGAUCAGCCUUAUAGGGUUUGCUGUUGUCAUGCUAUGGAGGUGAACAUAUUCAACAUCAUUUUACAGUUGAGUAUCACCAAGGAAAUCAGGUUGCUCAUCAAGCUGUCUCACAGGUAUCUCUACCAUUGUCACUUUUCUCCUAAACAGGCUCAUAAAAUACUGCUUGCUAGUUGGCAAACCUUAUUUCCAAGUAAAUGUAUUUAAAUUUCUUCUAUACUCUUUCCAGGAUAAAACAUGUGAAAUGAGCAUGUUGCAUGCAUGUUCCUGGAGAACCCAAGUGGCUAAGAUUAACAUAUGUACGUCUACCUACAUGUGUUUCUUGUUGGAACCAGCAGGUUAAAAGAGCAGGUUUUUUGGCUCACGUUCCAAAAGUAUACCUCAUCUGUUAAAGAGGUUGGUGUGCUGGCAAAAAGAAGCAGGAGACAGAGAUAAGGGUUGAACUUGACCAGACACACUGACAGCAAGUCAAGUGUUUCUGCCAACACAUGUGAUGGUGGAUAAAAGCCAUGUCUUUCCCACUAGCCCCAGCAACACUGCCACCACCUUAGCUCACCGCGGUCUGGCAUAUAGGAAAGUGGAUUACCUACAGCUGCUCAAGGAUAUUAGUUGAAUUCAUAACAUAAAUCUUUGGUUCUUGUAGUUUUUAUUUUACAAUAACUUAACUGACAGGGCUCAGUGUCUUUAUUUGCAUUUAAAGCUGGGCCCUGUAAAAUAAGCAGUGCUCAUUUUGUGUGAGAUUUAAACUCAAUCUUUAAAGAAAGUACCUGAAAGGUUUUCCAAAAUUUUGUGGCUCUUUCCUGCUACUAUUUCUGCAUUAGUUACCCACCCUGUUUUACAGGAGUUGAAUAGUUGUGAUUUCUUUUCACAUGCUUCAGGUGGAGUCCUAUUCAUGUUUACUCAGAAUUCAGUCACAAUUUACUCAUUUGGGUUUAGUCACAGGGAAGUGAGCAUAGGAUUUCAAAAUCUAAUUAGUAAAUAACUUAAAUUGUUGUUUAGGCUAAAAGGAAAAUGACCACUAUAAAGAAAAGUGUACAUCUGGCUACUCAAGUAGAAAGUAGGGCUCCCAUUUUGAAAUCCAAGCAUGUUUAACUGUUUACUAAGGACAUAUCAUCCACAAUUUAUGGGUGACACGUAUAAUUCUGAAUAUUUUUGUUGAAUGUCACCUCUCAUUUGGAAAAGUGCAACAAUAAAACCCCCCAAAAUCUCAGAAAACAGCUACCGUAGAAAUAAGCUUUCAUAAAUUUAUAGUUUUAAUGUACAUCCAUUAUUUCUUUAAUCACAUUCAUCUGUGUGAGAUUAAAAUCUAUGGAAAAGUUUUAAAUUUACAGAACUUCACUGUUAGCAUAGUUUUUAUGUAAACACCCCUUUUCCCAUAGUAGAUGGAAUAAAUGUAGGCUAGGAUGUCACUCAUCAGCAUAUGUGAUAAUCAGGAGUUCAAACAGUUGCUUUGUUUCAAAUUACACACCAAGGUCAGAAGCAUUAACAUUGUCCUGCUCUGAUCACUGGAGAACAAAAUGGUGUAGGUUGCUUUUAAGGCACACAUACUGCUUCCUAUUGUUAUAGGAAGGCACUGAGAUCUACCUGGACAUUCCUUAGUAUAUUUAGGCUCAGCUGAAAGGUCAGCAAUUCAGUUCUAGUAAUGUCCUCUUAAACAGGUCACUUAUAUGGCCAUAACUAAAGCUGUAUAUACUGGGUGUUUCCAAAAGAUAUGUCUAAAUAAUUUAGGACUGUAGUAGGGCCAAACACCAGAUAGGUUAUUAAUACUGUAGUGUGAAAUAUGAAUGUGAACAGCCAGACAGCUUUUCUUACACCAAUUCUCUAAAUUGCCAAGCUGACGUGCUAAAUUCAAAGCCACUUGCUAAAUUUUGAAUAUCAUUUUGUCUUGCCCAGGGUUGAACCUAGUGUGUCAAAUGAAGAGUGGCAGUCUAGACAGACAAGCAGCAGGCUUACAAUGGAGGUGGUGCUGUUGGAGAACAUACCCAUUUCUAUAAAGCAACAAAAGCAUUGGAACAAAGUACAUAUGUAUUAUGUUCUUCUCUACUAUCGGACUGACCUUACAAACCAUAAUUGACCAGGGAUGGUUCUUUCCUGCAUGUUCCUAGAAAUCUCUUGUAACACGCACACACACACCCCAGGCCAAACCAGUGUGGGAAGCAGCAGUUCAGUAAAAUGGCCUAACCUUCCUAUCCAUCUUCCCCUUUGUGCUCCAUGGCAUUUUGUCCAUGAGACCGCUCUCCCCACUUUGGCUAGAGUCAAUGGACUGCUAGGAGAAGCUACCAAAGAUCUGCUUCUAUGAAUCUGUAUUUUGUAAUAACCAAUAUAUUUAAUUUCCCUUUUUCAAAUUCAUUUUGGUAAAUGGGUACUUUGCCAGUAAAUUACUGUGAGAAAGCAAUUCCAUUCAACAUGGUGCAACAUUAGAAAUGGUGUAAAAGCGUUGCACUGAUUUAAAAAUGGAUAGCAUAUUGAAAACAAAUACUAGAAGUAUUUUAAUUUUAUAGCUAACUAUAAAUGCUAUUUUGGUAGCUUAUUGCUGAGCAAGCAGUGAAUUCAUGCUGAUCUCCUGCUAUGACUUGUCAGUUGUUUAGAUACUCUGCUAUGAACAGCAGCCAAUCUUCAUAAAUGUUCAGGAGGUGAACACCCUAUCUGGUGAGAGCCAGGGCUUUGACAGUAGUGGGCUUCCUUACAGCCUGCAAUUCAAAAUAACCUAAGCCAAAUUGGCUUCCUCAGUUUCCCUAGUUCCCAAUUUGCUACAUCCAUGUCAAAUUUAACAUUGACCUGAGAAAGUUGUCCCUAAGAAGGGCCUGGGAAUAGCUGUUUUAACAGAAUGCUCAUACUUUUGAGAUUUAGAGUUUAUGUUUAAACCAUGCACUAUAACAUAGAAUUUUACUUUAACCUAUUGCAUGGUGUAGUUUUUUAUUCUUGUCAACUACCAUGCCUCUUCCCAUUAGAUCAAAUGUCAGUAACACUACUUCUGCAACCUACCAGUUGAAGAACAGCUAUUCAAAUAUAGGGAUGUGAUUGGCUUAAGGUUGGUUAUUCUAGUUCUGAAAGUUCAGACUAUGUACUACAGGCAUCUAAGCAGGGCAGAAAAUAGUGGAUUCCACAGUGACUGAGUAUCUAUCCACAACAUGCACCAUCCUAUUUUCCUGCCUUGUAAACCAAAGAAGGGUUCAGCUUCCAUUUCUAUUGCAAUUAUUCCUCUUCAAGGUUUAAAUUAAUGGCUCUGAGGUUGUGCCUCUGACAUACACAUUGACAUAGUUUCAUGCACCUGUUCUGCUGACCAACACAGCUGUGCCAUUUGAAGAUUAGGCAAAAAAUAUUGAGCUUACUUCUAGCCCACAAUUCUUUUCUUUUUUAAAAUUAGGUUUGCUAUCCAACUCUUUCCUAGUCCAAGACCAGGCUCAGGGCAGCUGACAGAUUUAAAACAAUGUUACAUAUACAAACAAUUCAUGUGCAGACUUAAUACUGCCCAUAAUUAAUUUUAAAAAUAUGUAUAUUAUAUACCUACAGAUGGUACCACCUUAGGGCAUUUAACCUUUUCAUAUGCUGAUUAAAAAGGAGUCCCACACAGAAAAUGAUGCUCAGCGCAAGAAUUAAAAUUGUUCAUCCUCCUCGCCCCCCACAUGACCUUCUGGGUCUUUCGAGAAAGUUUAUUCUGUUUGCCUUCUCUCCCCCCCCCCCUUCCCCAAGUUAAUAUCAACCAGCAGCUCAGACAUUCAAGCAGGUCUUCUGAAAGUUAAACAACUCCAUUCAGGGUGUCAGAUCUCCCCCUCCCCACUCUUUGAAGGAAGCAAAAGAGCUCGGCCAAGCAGGGCUGGGGAGAAAGAGCGCACAAGAAAGGAGGCCAGUGGAGAAAAAGAUCCCAGACUGUCAGUUGCUUUACCUGCAUUGUAAGCAACAGUAGCUUGCAGUCAAGGCUUGGGGGUGAGAAUCGGCUCUUGGAGCCAGCAGACAGGUGCACAAGGGAGACUGGAGGAGAGGAGGGUGGGUUGGCAGGCAAUUGCAGUGGGGCACUAGUGGGGGAGAUAGCACAAGAGAGAUUAUGAUCUGUGGGGAGGGGGCACAGAUCCAAAAUGCAUCCAUGUAACCCAGGUGAAUGGUGCUUGGGGAGAAUGCCCACCUUCAUCCCCCACAGUAUGCCUCUGUACCUAGAGUUCCAUCAAAAUCAUCUUGUUCUUCCCAAUACAAAAUUACACUAGUGACUAGAAGCAGUAAGGGGAAGAAGAGGAAGGAUGGAGGGGUGGCUCUGGGAGGCUUGCAACAGCAACAGAGUGGAAAUGACUCUGGUCCUGGUUGAGGCUAGCAGGACACUCUUGGGCCCAGGGGACACCAGAAAGUUGCUAGCAGCGGAGUGUAUUGCUCUCGGGGGGUGAUACAGAGAGAGGCAGUCCCAUAGAUACAACAGUAACAGACACUCAAGGCCUUAAAGGUUAACAUCAAAACCUUGGACAUUACCUGAAACUCAACUGGUAAUCAGUGCAGAUGGUGAAGCACAGGCCGAAUAUGUGCCCUUAGUGGGCAGUUUUAUAUGUUCUGCCUCAAACUCUUGUACAGACCAUUUGUUCAGAAAUAUAGUAAAAUUGAUACUGCUUGCCUUUUUAAAAAAAUUCUAAUUUUUAAAAUCAGACUGGAAGUUUAUUUUACAGAAGGUAUUUUAAAGGGUAACUUGGUACUAUAUGGAAGAUAGGUAUUUCUUAUUCUAUCAGUGUAAUUUGAUUAUAUACAGACAUAUAUAUAUAGACUUGUAAAAAGCUGUAUACAAAUAAAAUUUUAUGCAGAAAUUGAUUUGUUUGGGGCUUUACAACAAUGAAUAAUACGCAAUCUUAAGAAAAUGUCUGCAGUUUUGGUAUAACAGCUCACUAGUUCAGUCCCAAUUUCAAAAAUAGAAUGAGGUGAUUUUAGUAAAACACUCAACAUUUUUGUGCAAAUAUGUCAGCUUUUAGUUUUAGCUCUGUGUCAACAGGAGGAGUGAACAGAGAAUAUUGAAAUUUAUCUGGUUUUGCAAUUACUCUUCAUGAAUGGCAAACUGUACUGUAAAAUGAAACAGUAUCUUCAGGUAAUAAAUAAGCUGGAUAAAUUAUUCUGAUAUUUACAGAAGAAUUAGAAGGCACUUGGAAGAUUAACACAAGGCAUAUGAAAGCCUAAAGUCAGCAAAGUGAUGCAUAUACUUAAUAAAACGAAUUCUACUUUUGCACUGCAAAGAUAACCUAGAGAAGGACAUGAAUGCACAAAGCUGCCUUAUUCCAAGUUAAGACCAAUGAUCUACUUAACUUAGUGUUACCUAUUCUGACCAACAGCAGCAUUUUGGGAUCUCAGGUCUAUCACCAUCUCCUACCUGAUUUUUUUUUCAAUAGAUGCUAAUCAUGUCUUUAUAGAUAGUGGAAAGGAUGGCAGAGGUUUUUUUUGCCCAGUAGGGGUUGAUCAGUUGUGCAGAUUUUUUUUUUAAAAAAUGCUACAGCAUAAAGAUCUUCACUAUGUGACUGAAGACAAGCUAUAUAUGUGCAAGAAAAUAUUUUGAACAGUAUGGCCAUUUUAAAAGGCAUCUCCCCGAAGCAUACCUUUUGCUUAAAAUAUUAAAGAAUUACUACUAUAGUUCAGCAUACUCUCACUCCUGACAUUUUGUAGUUGGCCUCUUUUAGCAGCCAUAUUGUGAUUGUUUAGGAACAUGAUGCUAGCUAGAUGAAUUUCAAUUAGCCAGUCUUAAAGUAUCCCUUUCUUUAUAUCCAUACAGCAAGCAGCAUGCCCUCAGAGAAAAUUGUAUCAGUAGGUAUAUAAUUUCCAGAUCCUAUUUUCAUAAUUUUAGACAAAUUCUCUUGACAAUUUUUGCAGGCUACUUGGACCAUGUACUUUCAGCGUUUAAGAUGACUAUAUACUCCCCAAAUACAAAUUAUCCAACUAACCAAAAAUGUAUCAUACGACAUGCACCCAUUUUUUUGGCAUAUAAGUAGUGGCUGGAACAAAUCAUCACUUAAUGUGUGUUAAGUUCUAUCCUUGUACUGCAUCUUUAAUAAUUAAAAAAAUCCUCAUUUACCGAAUGUCACUCCUAUAGCUAUCCUUCAAAUGUAACCUAAAGAUCAACAAAACACAAAUCUGGAAACAAACACCUUUUAAUGAACUCAUUUGUAUAUUAAACCAUUGUGUCUUUUGUCCUA